GAGUUAAUUUUAAAUCGGUACAAGAUGGCGGAGGGGGACGAGGUAGCGCGAAGGCAGCAGCCGCACCAGGGGCUGCGGCGCCGGCGACGGACUAGCGACCCAAGCACCGAGGUUAACCACGUCUCGUCCACGACCUCCCUAGGUGAGAAUUAUGAAGAUGAUGACCUAGUAAACUCUGAUGAGGUUAUGAAGAAACCAUGUCCAGUACAGAUUGUUCUUGCUCAUGAAGAUGACCAUAACUUUGAGCUUGAUGAAGAAGCUUUGGAGCAGAUAUUGCUACAGGAGCACAUUCGAGAUCUUAACAUAGUAGUGGUAUCUGUGGCAGGAGCUUUUCGUAAAGGGAAAUCAUUUCUCCUGGACUUCAUGCUUAGAUACAUGUAUAACAAGGAUUCUCAAAGUUGGAUUGGUGGAAACAAUGAACCGUUGACUGGCUUUACCUGGCGAGGUGGUUGUGAAAGGGAAACAACAGGCAUACAAGUUUGGAAUGAAGUGUUUGUGAUUGACAGACCAAAUGGAACGAAAGUUGCUGUGCUGCUUAUGGAUACCCAAGGUGCCUUUGAUAGCCAGUCAACUAUUAAAGACUGUGCAACGGUGUUUGCUUUGAGCACUAUGACUAGCUCUGUCCAGGUAUAUAAUCUGUCUCAGAAUAUUCAAGAAGAUGAUCUUCAACACUUGCAAUUAUUUACAGAAUAUGGAAGACUUGCAAUGGAAGAAAUCUACCAGAAACCUUUUCAGACGUUAAUGUUUUUGAUUCGAGAUUGGAGUUAUCCUUAUGAACAUUCAUAUGGUUUGGAAGGUGGAAAACAAUUUCUUGAGAAGAGAUUGCAGGUAAAGCAAAAUCAACAUGAAGAGUUACAGAAUGUAAGGAAGCACAUUCACAAUUGUUUCUCAAAUCUUGGUUGCUUCCUUUUGCCACACCCCGGUCUUAAAGUUGCAACUAAUCCUAGUUUUGAUGGGAGACUAAAAGAUAUUGAUGAUGACUUUAAACGAGAGCUUCGAAAUCUGAUUCCAUUGCUGCUUGCCCCUGAAAAUUUGGUAGAAAAAGAAAUAAGUGGAUCUAAAGUCACUUGUAGAGAUCUUGUAGAAUAUUUUAAGGCUUACAUUAAAAUUUAUCAAGGAGAGGAACUUCCACACCCAAAGUCCAUGCUUCAGGUAGAGAGAGUAUAUGGUUUGUGUUGUACAUGUACUUAUGAGAGAGUGAAAAAAAUGGGUGGAGAUGAAUUCUGCCGUCGUUAUCAGGACCAGCUUGAAGCUGAAAUCGAAGAAACCUAUGCAAAUUUUAUAAAGCACAAUGAUGGCAAAAAUAUCUUCUAUGCUGCUCGUACCCCUGCCACACUAUUUGCAGUCAUGUUUGCUAUGUAUAUAAUCUCAGGACUGACUGGCUUCAUCGGCCUAAACUCUAUAGCCGUCUUGUGUAACCUCAUCAUGGGGUUAGCACUGACAUCUCUUUGUACUUGGGCAUAUGUUAAAUACUCUGGGGAGUUCAGAGAAAUUGGAACAAUGAUUGAUCAGAUUGCUGAAACACUAUGGGAACAGAGGAGUCCCAGGAAGGUGUUUUCCAAACUGUUUGAAGUUACUAGACGUCGAAUGGUUCAUCGUGCUCUUUCAUCAGCACAGCGACAGAGACUGUCAUCCAACAAUAACAAGAAGAAAAAUUAGACAGUAUUUUUAACUUUUUUCUCUAUCUGAAGUGUUCACACUUAUACAUGUAGGACAAUAAGCAGGACCGUCUGGGCCGGUCUGCAUAAAUGCUGUAUACAUACCAGAUUUGAUGCUGCAUAUAGGGUAUGGAAUUGCACAUCCAUCUCAUAGGAAUUGUAAAUGGUUUGAAUAAGAGGAAAGUAAUUUUUGUUGCAUAUAAAAUGUCUAACUGCAUUAUUUGUAGCAUCAUAACUUUUUUGGGAGAAGCAUCUUUUUAUUUCCCACAUUCCUGGUUAUUUUCAUCAUUGCUUUGAAUUGAAUUUUUAUAUCUAUUUUUAUAUGUAACUUUUUUUACCUCACGUUUUUGUUUAUUUUGCACAUUUCUCAUACCACAGGUAUUGAAGCCCCUGGGUGAUAAUUUGAUGGAGGAGAACAUAAGGCAGUCUGUAACAAACUCUAUCAAAGCAGGCCUCACUGACC